AUGAUGUCGGCGUCACCGUCGCCGGCUCUCAGGCCCCUGCAGAGUCGGGACAGCUCUCCUUCGCCCCGUCAUCGCCCGCUGGCUCAUAUAUCGGCCUACCAGCGCAUCAACACCACCCUCUCACCUCCGAUGCUGUCGGCGACCCCGGCCUCGGCCAACAGCACCUCUUCUGUCACCCCCAGCCCCCAUCUGUCCUCCCUCCAGUCCUCGCCACUGGUCCCUCAAUCACACUACAGCCAUCUGGGGACCCCGGGGCCUCUCGAGCUCCCCGAGUCCCUCGUCUCGGCCGCCCAUGCUUCACCUCCGCAGAGAGACCCGUCCGCGAGUCUCAAGUCGGUCGGUCUCAUGCGCAAGCUGUCCCAGAGUGCAAAGGAUGGCGUUUCCUCCACCCGGCAAAUUCUGCGGAGGAAGACGUCGGCGACCCAAACUCGCCGGGACGAGAGCACCGGACCCAUCGCUCGCCGGCGGAGCGACAGCAAGAAUGCACUGCCAAACGGCGGCGGCGGCGGCAGCAGCAUUGAGUCGCCUUCCUUCGACACCCUGCCCCUGGAUCCCCAUCCCGGCCUGGGUCUCUUCGACACCAUGAGCAUAUCCAGCGAGCCGGUGACCCUCCUGGAUACCAGCCCCGAAGGUCAGGCCCCCUGCGUGCCUGAACGGUUGGUGGGAGGCUGCCUCUUGACCAAGAUCACCAGGAACAAGAAGCAGGAGAAAUUGUUCUUCCUCGACGUCGAAGGUUCGAGGGUCUCGUGGAAAGGUGCGGUCACCAUGAAGGUCUUCCACAUCGACAACAUCAAGAGCAUCCGAAGCGGCGAGGAAGCGGCCAGCUAUCAACAGGAGCUGCGAGGUGAAGCGGUCGACCCCGAGCUCUGCUUCACCAUCAACUAUGCGGCGUCGGACUCCUCGAAGCAGGUCAAGACCUUGCAUCUCGUCGCUCAUACGCCUGCCGACCUCAGGCUGUGGGUCGACACGCUCGAGAGCUUGGCGAAGCACCGCGAGGAGUUGAUGACGGUCCGCUCUUCGGAGCGCGAGUCGGUCAUGAGGGCCCACUGGGAGAGCGAGAUGGCGAAACGUCCCGACACCAAGAUCGAUGGGCUUGAUCUGCCUGCCAUCCGGUCUCUCUGCCGCAAGCUCCAUAUCCACGCCCCAGAAAAAGAGCUGGAACACCUGUUCAACUCCUCGGACGUUGACAAGUCGAGACGCCUCACCUACGAGCAGUUCAAGGAGUUCCUGAAACGCCUGCGUGAAAGAAGCGACAUCAAGAAGAUCUUCCACGAACUCAAGGGUGACAAGGCUGCCGGCAUAAGUCGGCCACGGUUUGUUCGGUUCCUGGAAGAGGUCCAAGGGAUUGCCCUUGCCAAUCUUUCCGAACCCGCCGUGUGGGAACAAAAGAUGAACGAUCUGGUUUUCUCUUCGUUCCCGAACCGUCCGGAUCUUCGCGAGCAGGAGCUCAUUGACGCCAACGCCUUUGCUACCUUUCUCAUGUCGAAAGACUGCCAUGUCUACUCGAGGCCGGAGGAAUCAGAACCGGUCUUUGAUCGACCACUGAGCGAGUAUUUCAUCUCAUCUUCCCACAACACCUACCUCACAGGCUGGCAAGUCAACGGCACGUCUUCGGCGGAAGCUUACAUCACGGCACUGCGCCAUGGCUGCCGCUGCGUCGAGAUCGACUGCUGGAACGGCCAAGAUGGUAGCCCACGGGUCACACAUGGUCGGACGCGCACGAGCUCGGUGCUCUUCUCUGACUGCAUCAAUGCUAUCCAGAGAUGUGCUUUCGACGUUUCCCCCUAUCCGGUCGUCAUCUCGCUCGAGGUCCACUGUGACAGUGACCAGCAGGCCAAGAUGGUCGACAUCAUGAGCUCGGUGUUUGGCGACCGCCUGCUUGUUCAUCCGCUGCCCGGAUUCGCCGCGGAGCUGCCGUCGCCCGAGCAACUGAAGUACAAGUUCUUGAUCAAGGUCAAAUCUACCGAGCUACACGCUGAUCUCGAAGCAUCGCGCCGGUCUGCGCCUCUCGGUCGAGCUCGAAGUGCCAGCUCUCCCAACCGUCACGGCCCUGCCAACGGCUUUACUCCGGGUCUGGCCACAGUGUCAAGCCCUUCCAUGAUCACACCACCGGAGACCAUUUAUUCCCCGACGGAUCGCUCUGUGACGGCGACCAGUGCGAGCAGCGCUGACGAAGAAAGCGACGUCGCCUUUACUUCGUCCUCGCUCGCGGAUACCACCAGACGCUCUCCCAAGUCGAGCAAGGUCGGCCCUCUGCUGUCUGCUCUGGGAGUGUACAUGAAAGGCUAUACGCUCCGUGAAGCCCGAGAUCUCGGAUUCCAGCAGUACAACCACAUCUUCUCCCUCAGCGAAAAUCGUGCCAUCGAACUGUGUCAUACACCCGAAGACAAGGCCAUGUUCGAGGAUCACAAUCGUGAGUACUUGUGCCGUGUCUACCCCAAGAAUCUUCGCUUCCAGUCGUCGAACUUUGAUCCCAACACGUUUUGGCGAAGAGGGGUCCAGAUGGUGGCCCUCAAUUGGCAAACGUUCGACGCACACAUGCAAAUGAACCAGGCCAUGUUCGCCGCUGGAACGGACGCCUAUGGCUACGUGCUGAAGCCAGAGUAUCUCCGCAAACCUCGGACCAAGCACGGCGACUUUGAACACCGCGUCAAGCUUCCCCGGUACAAGAUGAAGUUCUCGGUUCAGGUGGUGUCGGCCCAGCAGCUACCUCGGCCGCCCAACAUGAGCAGAGAAACUCCGUUGAACCCCUUCAUCGAGGUGCAGAUGUUCAGCGCCGAAGACCGAGCUCGUGGCAUUGCCAACGGGACGGGCGGCAAAGAGACCUACUCGAACGGAUACCAUGGCAUUGGAUCGCCGUAUCGCCGUCAGACCCAGAUCUGUUUUGGAAAUGGCUUCAAUCCCCAAUUCGGCGACAGCAUUGAACUGUCCUUGGAGACCAAGUAUCCCGAGCUUGUCUUUGUCCGGUUCAUCGUCUACAAUUCCGACGACGGCAGGCACAAUGGCAAAGGCGUCAGGCAGCUCGCGGCGUUUACUGCCAAACUCGACAGCAUUCAAAAGGGCUACAGGCACCUGCCUCUGUACAAUGGCCACGGCGAGGAGUUCAUCUUCUCCACGUUGUUCUGCAAGGUCGUCAAGCAAGAAUCAAAGCUCAUGCCGUGGUCGCUCCAGGACGUGAGUGAGCGACCGCCCAGGGCCAACGUCUUCCGGGGCAUCCUCUCUCGAGGACUGUCUGGGGACCGUGGCAGAUCCCGAGCCUCGAGUAUCGAGGAUCAGCGCACCGCCCGUCAAGCCAAGCUGAACCGAGAGAUUGAAGAGACCGUCGCUAGACGAUGA